AACGAAAAACUAUGUGUCGCUCUACAACUUGAAGCAUCAAAUCACAAAAUUUGCUCCCAUUUGUCUCAAAUUGAGGGGGAAGAUCUCAUUUUUUCCUUUGGACCGCAAAGGAAAAGAGUGACGAAGCUGAAGCGGCCAGCGCCCCGGAACGGACGCUGCCAGGGCCACGAAGAAGCCCCGAGCAGCAAGCGACGCAAGCAAGACAGCGCCAUGGAGACCACGCAGCAGCUAGAGAAGGAUGCGGGCUUCAUGGACAAGUACAGCCGCCAGAUCGGCGCCUUUGGGCUCGAGACGAUGGCCAAGCUGGUGAAGCUCAAAGUCCUCAUCGUGGGGCUACAGGGAGUGGGCAUCGAGUGCGCGAAGAACUUGAUCCUCGCGGGCCCCGGCGCUAUCACGCUGCACGAUGACGGUAUCGCGGAGAUCAAAGACCUGGGCACCAACUUCUUCCUGACGGAGCAGGACGUAGGACAACCACGCGCUUCCGCUGUCUCACACAAGCUGGCGGAGCUCAACAAGAUGGUGUCGGUGGCCGUGCACAAGGGUCCGCUAACCGAGGAGGUGGUGGCCAAGCACAACGUGGUGGUCUUUUCGCACACUAGUCGCAAGGAGCUGGUGCGCUGGAACCACUUCUGCCGUCAGCAGUCUCCUCAGAUUGGCUUCAUCACGUGCGACAUCCGUGGUGCCUUCGGCUACGCGUUCACGGACUUUGGCGACGAGUUCAAGGGCUUUGACGCCACGGGUGAAGCGCCAAUUACUCGUAUUAUCACGGAUAUUACGAACGACAAGGACGGAGUGCUGAGCAUUUUAGGCCCCGAUGAGGACGGUAAGAUGCACGAGAUGCCGGAUUCGGACCACGACGGAUGGAUCGAGAUCAGUGACGUGCAGGGUAUGAAGCUUAAAAGCAACCCGAACCAGUCGAUCAACACGAUGGGACCACGCCGCAUCAAGUUUGCCAACAAGAAGGUGUUCCGUAAUGGCAAACAGACAGAAGUGUUCGAUGCGUAUCGUCUGAAGAUCGGCGACACGUCGGAGUUUACGCCGUAUGAAGGUGGAGGUGUAUUUACUCAGCACAAGAAGCCGUUCACAGUGAAGUUUAAGUCGUUUGAGGAGUCGCUGGUGUCGCCUGUUCCUGAAGGAGAAUUCGGCCUCAUGUUCACGGAUGGUGCCAAGUUUGGCCGCGCAGAGCAGCUCCACGUCAUCAUGUGGAGUUUGAUGGAGUUCGAGGAACGUCAUGGCCACUACCCGGAACCGCACAACGACCAAGAUGCGGACGAAGUUGUGGCUAUUGCCAAGGAAGGCAUUCAGCACCUUUCUGCCUUCACUCGUGAAGGUGCCAACAAGCAGGAAGUAAUGAAGCUCGAGGAGCUGGAUGAGAAGACUGCACGUCAGGCUGCUCUCUACGCCGCCGUUGAGCUUCACCCUCUUGCUGCUUUUUACGGUGGUGUCGUUGCCCAGGAAGUCGUCAAGUUCACGGGUAAAUUCACUCCACUGAAGCAGUGGCUGCACUUGGAUGCAUUCGAAGUGCUGCCUGAUGAGCGCCCAACGGACGCGAAACCGAUCGGCUCGCGGUACGACCACAUCAUCACUGCUUUCGGACUGUCAUUUCAGAAGCAGCUUGGAAACGUUCGCACGUUCCUGGUGGGCUGCGGUGCUCUUGGCUGUGAAUACCUGAAGAACUUCGCCAUGGUUGGUCUUGCGUGUGGUGACAAGGGUCUUGUGACGGUCACAGACAACGACCGUAUUGAGGUGAGCAACCUGAAUCGCCAGUUCCUCUUCCGGGAGCACAACGUUGGGCAGCCCAAAUCUGUAGCUGCUACUGCUGCAGUGCACCAGAUGAACGCUGACCUGAAGGUGAAGACAUUGGAGCAACUUGUAGCUCCUCACACGGAGAAUGUAUUCAAUGACGAGUUCUGGGCUGACCUGGAUGUAGUCACGAACGCGUUGGAUAAUGUGAAAGCACGUCUGUACGUGGACAGCAAGUGCGUUUUUCACAAGCUGCCUCUGCUGGAGAGUGGUACACUGGGUACGAAGUGUAAUGUGCAGGUGGUGAUCCCGUACAAGACGCAGAGCUACGCGGAUGGUCCCAAGGAUGCUGAAGGUGAUGGUAUCCCGAUGUGCACGCUACGUAACUUCCCGUCCCUCAUCGAGCACUGCAUCGAGUGGUCGCGUGCACAGUUUGAAGAUCUUUUCGUGGUGCCUGCUGCAGAGGCUAAGAAGUUUGUGGAAGACCGCGCAGCGUAUCUCGAUCAGGUAAAGAAGGCUACUCUUGAAAACCCGAACCCGAAGCUUGUUGCCGCGGCAAUUGUCCAAGAGCUUGAGCGACUUCGCAGUCUGCGCGCUACCUUGCAGACGGCGAAGGAUAUCACGUUCGAGAAGUGUGUUACGCUGGCGUUCGAGCUCAUGACGUCGCGCUUCCGUGACCGUAUCCUGCAGCUCAUUCAUAACUUCCCCGAGGACCACCUGACGAACUCUGGAGAAAAGUUCUGGUCGGGAGCCAAGCGUUUCCCCCAGGCGGUGGAGAAGUUUGACCCACAAAACCCGCUACACCUGAACUUCGUCCGUGCUACUGCCAAUAUCUUGGCUGUUUGCUACGGAAUCCAACCACCUCCGGAGCAGAAACUGGUGUCUGCUGAUUCGGAAUGGCGUGACCCGUCCACGUAUGAAGAGCUUGGCAACAAGUAUGUUCCGCCGACUUGGAAACCGUCGAACGAAAAGAUUGCAGCUGACUCGGAUGAAAUUAAGCGUCUAGAGCAGGAGAAGAUCAAGAACUCGAAUGACUCCGACAAGAAUGAGCUUGUAGAGCUGCUGCACGAGCUCGAAACAUUUGAUCUUUCGGGCCUAUCGUUCGAGCCAGCGGACUUUGAGAAGGAUCAGGACAUGAACUUCCACAUCGACUUUAUCUACGCGGCGUCGAACCUGCGAGCCUUCAACUACCGCAUCCGCGACGCGUCGCGCCACAAGUGCAAGAUGAUUGCAGGCAAAAUCAUUCCAGCCAUUGCGACGACGACGGCAUCGGUGACGGGCCUGGCAAUGCUGGAGAUGCUAAAGCUGAUGCAGCGGAAGGAGCUGGAAGCGUUCAAGGACUCGUCCAAUUCGCUGGGUCUGAACAUGUAUCUGAUGCAGGAGCCUGCAGCACCAGCUCGUGCCAAGGACGAGUAUGACGUGGUGGAGAUGUCGGAGGUUAAGUGCAAGCCCCCUGGAUUCACGAAGUGGGACUCCACUCUGAUCGAGUUGUCGUCCGAUUCGACGCUGGAGGAUUUCUUGGCUCAGUUCAAGGAAAAGACCGAACUUAACUGCGACCUGCUGUUCCACCGUGUAGCAGAAAUGGGCAACACCAGCGCUGCGGAAAAGGAUCCGCGUUACCGCACUGUCAGCGGUUUGAUGCUGUACGACCGCAACGCCUUCGGCAAGGCGCUGAAGGAGCUUUAUGCCGAUCAGAUGACAAAGCCUCUUCGGGCCUUCGUGGAAUCACGCUACGAAGGACUCGUGGACUGCAGUCGCAAGUACAUCGAGCUCCAGACGUCGUGCUCCGACGACGACGGAAACGUGUUUAAGGUGCCAACCGUCAUUUGCAAGUUCAGCUGAAAAGAAACGAGGGAUGGAGAUGCUUGAGGUCUGAGGUAGAUUUCUGGUGUGAAAGGGAGAGCGUUAAAAAAUGUCAACAGCUAGCGAGCGGAAUUCUGAGUACAUAAAUAUGGGCUACCCUGAACUAUCAAUUCGACUGGUAUUGAUUCACCCACUCGCUGUCAGGUCUUUUUACCUCUCUAAAGUAUUAAACCCACAUUAUAUCACUACGAAAAGUAACUAACCAAAAGCUUUAACCAAAAAAUAACACGACUACCUCCAUAAUGUAUUCCA